AUGGCGGAUUUAGCCAUCACGGACGCCAAACUCGCCGGCAAAACCCUCGGAGACACUCACUCCGACCGGCAUCCCGACCCAACUCUGCAGUUCCAGCUCGAACCGGGCGUGGAGGCCGACGAUUCCGGCGGGAACUCCCCGCCGCUGUGGAAGAACGGCGGGCCGAGCCCAUCCCGCCCCCUCCUCGGCCGCCACCGCCGUCUCCGGUCGGACUCCAGGACGGAGGCCAUCGCCCGGGGGCAAUGGGAGCUGAUGGAGAUGGUGAAGAACAUGCCGGAAUCGUCGUACGAGCUCUCGCUGAAGGACCUCGUUGAGAGCAAUCGGGAAAUCGACGGAGAUGGAUCUGUUGGGGAAAAUCAGGGAGUCGAUCCGCAGCAGCGGGCCGCGGCGAGAUCGACUCGAUCCUCGCCGGAGGAGAGGAGGAAAAUCAGCGGCGAGGGAAAAAUUGGGGGUUUUGAUAACAGGGGGGUGAUUUUGAACACGGGGUUUCCAUUUUCGGCGAGGGGUCCGAAGAGGAAGGUGGCGGUGGUGAAAAAUCACGGCGACGGUAGGGUUUCGCCGAAGUGUAUAUCUUAG